CUUUGACUGCUUCUAUUGUAACUCCAUUUGAAUGGACCGUUAACGCUGCAAGAGAAUUAAUUUGUUUAAGACACGAUAAUCAUGAUAAUUUUGAGUUCAUUCCAAACAAUUGUCAUGAAAAGAUAUAG